CCAAAAAUUGUCAAAUCCAAAAGAAAAGGUCAGUUAUUUUCCUCCACUGACUCAACGUCCAUUAUCAGAUUGUCUCUGCCAAUAACCUAGCAAAAGGUACGGCAAACCUGACACCCUAAUUUCUCUUGCUCUCUCUCCCUCUGGAAUAUACUUUCUGUAUCUCUCUUACUCUUUAUAAAUGCAAGAAACUUGAUUAGAGGCCACAGUAACUAUGGCAUCCCUGAGAUUACCCAUUUCUUUGGACAAAUUCGAUUCGAAGAAAUCAAAUUUCUCUAGAAACCCACAUCAAUUUUCCACUUAUACCUCAACAUUUUCCAUUUCUAGUUGUAUUCUUUCAACUAGAGCUUGCAUAAUUGCCACUGUGAGUAGAUUCAGUCCAAUUAAUGUAUCUAGACUUGAAACCGAAUUGUCUGAAAAAGUUUUAUCCACAACUAGCGAUUUGGUUCAUGAAACUAUAAAUGAGGAUUUAGUUGAACAAAAUCAGGAUUUGAAGCGUGAAAUCAAGAAGAAGUAUAAGGGUGGAAAGAGAGGGAUGAAAAGACAAGAGGGUUUGAAGUUUCGUUACAAAAGAAAUGGAAGUGAACCAAACAUAGAGGAUUUUUUUGUGCAUGAUAGUGAAUUUGAUGUUAAUUACUCUGUUAUUAAGUCCAACUUGAGCUUAGAACAAUGUAAUUAUAUUUUGAAAAGGCUUGAGGGGUGUAGUAGUGAUAGUGAAAGCAAGACAUUGAGGUUUUUUGAGUGGAUGAGGAGUAAUCGGAAGCUAGAAAAGAAUGUGAGUGCUUAUAACACGAUUCUUCGAGUAUUGGGUAGGAUGGAAGAUUGGGAUUCUGCAGAGAGGAUGAUUAGGGAAGUGGGCGAUAGGUUUUCUGAUGAACUAGAUUUUCGAAUUUUUAACAGUCUCAUCUAUGUUUGUACUAAGCGGGGGCAUAUGAAAUUUGGUGGGAAAUGGUUUCGGAUGAUGUUGGAACUUGGUGUUCAACCUAACAUUGCCACCUUUGGCAUGCUCAUGGGGCUUUACCAAAAGGGUUGGAAUGUUGAGGAGGCAGAGUUUGUUUUUGCCAAGAUGAGGAGUUUUGGAAUUGUAUGUCAAUCUGCAUACUCUGCGAUGAUUACCAUUUACACCCGUCUAAGUUUAUAUGACAAAGCAGAACAGGUUAUUGGCUUAAUGAGAGAAGAUAAAGUGGUGCUGAACUUGGAGAAUUGGUUGGUGUUGCUUAAUGCUUAUAGCCAGCAAGGCCGGUUAGAAGAGGCUGAGCAGGUUUUCGUUGCAAUGCAAGAAGCCAAUCUUUCUCCCAAUAUUGUUGCAUACAAUACACUUAUAACUGGGUAUGGAAAGUCAUCAAAUAUGGCUGCUGCUCAACGUGUGUUUGUAGACAUCCAGAAUGUUGGAUUGGAGCCUGAUGAAACUACUUACCGUUCCAUGAUCGAGGGUUGGGGUCGAAUUGGCAGUUAUAAGGAGGCAGAAUUGUAUUUUAAGGAACUUAAGAGGUUGGGAUUCAAACCUAACUCAUCUAAUUUGUAUACACUAAUAAACUUACAAGCAAAACACGGUGAUGAAGAGGGUGCUAUUAGAACUCUUGAGGAUAUGCUGAAGAUAGGAUGUCAGUACCCUUCAAUACUUGGCACUCUACUGAAAGCAUAUGAGAAGGCUGGAAGGAUUAAUAAAGUCCCUCUCCUUUUGAAAGGUUCUUUCUAUCACCAUGUUCUCGUAAACCAGACUUCUUGUUCCACUCUGGUCAUGGCUUAUGUGAAGCACUGCUUGGUUGAUGAUGCAUUAAAAGUUUUGGGAGACAAACAGUGGAAUGAUCCUGUUUUUGAGGAUAACUUGUAUCAUUUGUUAAUUUGUUCGUGCAAGGAGUUGGGUUAUCUUGAGAAUGCUGUCAAGAUAUACACUCAAAUGCCCAAAUCUGAUGAUAAGUUAAAUCUGCACAUCAGUUGUACCAUGAUUGACAUUUAUGGUGCACUUGGUUUAUUUUUUGAAGGAGAUAAACUCUAUUUGAAAAUAAAAUCUUCUGGAAUUUCUUUAGACAUGAUUGCCUAUAGCAUUGUUGUAAGAAUGUAUGUGAAAGCUGGAUCCCUGAAAGCUGCUUGCUCUGUUCUGGAAACUAUGGAGAAGCAAAAGGACAUAAUUCCAGACAUUUACCUCUUUCGUGACAUGCUUCGUAUUUAUCAACAAUGUGGAAUGAUGAGCAAGUUAAAAGAUCUCUAUUACAAAAUCUUGAGAAGUGAAGUUGUUUGGGAUCAAGAAUUAUACAAUUGUGUCAUAAACUGUUGUGCUCGUGCUGUACCGAUCGAUGAUCUUUCUGAACUUUUCAAUGAGAUGCUUCAUCGAGGCUUUUCUCCUAAUACUAUUACCUUCAAUGUCAUGCUUGAUGCUUAUGGAAAAGCUAAGCUCUUCAAUAAGGCUAGAGAAUUGUUCAUGAUGGCAAGAAAGCAAGGCAUGAUUGAUGUAAUCUCUUACAAUACUAUGAUAGCUGCUUAUGGACAUGAUAGAGACUUCAAGAAUAUGGCUUCAACUAUACAGAAUAUGCAAUUUGACGGGUUUUCAGUUUCUCUUGAAGCCUAUAAUUGCAUGUUGGAUGCUUAUGGUAAAAGAGGUCAAAUGGAAAGUUUUAAAAAUGUCUUGCAACGAAUGAAGCAAUCGAGUUGCACUUCUGACCAUUAUACAUACAAUAUUAUGAUCAAUGUUUAUGGAGAGCAAGGAUGGAUUGAUGAAGUAGCAGAAGUGCUGGCAGAACUGAAAGAAAGCGGACUGGGACCUAAUUUGUGCAGCUAUAACACAUUGAUAAAGGCAUACGGAAUUGCUGGGAUGAUUGAAGAAGCCAUCGAUUUGGUCAAGGAAAUGAGAAAAAGUGGAAUAGAACCCAAUAAGAUAACUUACACCAAUUUGAUUACUGCCUUGCAAAAGAAUGAUAAAUAUUUGGAAGCUGUUAAAUGGUCCUUGUGGAUGAAGCAGCUGGGGCUAUAGAGCACAUUGAAGCAAUGUACAUAUAUUUCCUCCAGUUCCAGUAUUUUCUUCACCAAUGCCUCUCCAUGCUUGGAACUGGUCGGUAUGCAGAGCUAAAGAAGUCUCAACAUUUUGCCGUCCUUGAUUCUAGACAUUCUGGACGAUGAAGUUAUUCCUGUUAUAUGAAAAACUGAAAGGCAUACAGAGAACAAAGAAGUGGAGAAUCCUAGCCUGCAUUGCUCUAAGGAGGUACAGGGAAGUGGAUAGUCUUUUGAUGAAGUAUAAUAAAAUAGAAACAAGUUCAAGGUAGGACGUGAUGGUUUAUAGAUUUCAUGAUUUGAUGCAACUAGUGUAACUAGGUGUUUCUUUACAUCAGCAUUUGAAAUAAGAUUCAGAACAUUUUAACUCUCAAUUGUUUUUUCUUUAUCCAGUAAUAGAAUCAGUAUGUACAAAAUUUCAUUUUUGCAAAUCAAUGAAAUCUCUUCCCUCAAAA